AAAAUUUUUGUCCUUUUUAGUGGCUCCUGUUAUAUUUUCUUUAGUGACAUCUAGUGAAAAUUGCAUUCAAUAUGGCAUCUUUCCGGCAUUUACUGUGGAAGGUAGUUCAUCCUUUGCCAGCAUUUUCAGCUGUUCCAGCUGUAUGUUUUAUUUCAAAAGUAAAAGCAGAAGAACCUGUUGUCAAGGAAGAAUGUUGUCACUGCAAAACAAAGAAGCUUCUGAAAGCCACUGAACUUCCUCUUUAUGGAGAUCCUGAUGACUGUAUUCAAUAUGAACUUGAAGAAAGGGCUCCAGGUUCCUUAGAAUUAGGAAUAUCUACAUUGCGAAAGACUGCUAGCCAGUACUUGUAUACUGUUGAAGAAACUAAGGAACGAGCCUCUCAGAUAUAUGAAACUGCCAUAGCACAUUCAAAAGGUACCUAUGAUUAUAUUACUCAUGAUGAUAAUGCUAUACCCAGAGCUAUCGUGAUCACAGUUGGUGGUUUGGGUGGUCUUUUAUUGGGAGCAAGAGGUGGCUUAAUGAAAAAGAUUACCUACAGUGGUACAGGAAUGUUGGUUGUGGCUUCACUUUGUUAUCCCAGACAGGCUAUUGAACUAACACAGAGAGGCUACAAGGUUGUUAGAGACCAAUCUGUUUCUAUGGUGAAAGAAUACACUGUCAGCAAGAGAAUCCACCUAUAUGGAUAUGACCUGAAAGACCUUUUCUCCUUGAAGAACUUCACUAGUACACAAUUGCCUACUCCUACAAUUGAUGAAAUAGGGCAACAAGUGAGUGACGUUCACUACUUUGGAUUUAGAUUUUUUGAGAAUUUGUCGGAGAGAAACUUGGGUGAAGAGAAACAGUCAAAUGAGGUGACAAACACAAAGGAUAAAAAUGUGCAAGGUGAUCCAGGAAUGAGUAAUCCUGAAGAUAAAGAUAUGUAUACCACUAGAGGGAGCUAAAAAAUAUGGAGGUUGAUUGUAUGGUGAAGAUAUUAGUAUCAUGAAAUAGAAGACGACUUACCCUAGUACAGAAAAAUUACCUGUAAAUAUUUAGUUUCUGGAAGAUAGUGUUUAGUAAAUAAAUUGACUUCUUGCAAUAUAUUGAAACUAAAGCCAGCUGAAUUACUAGUUUAAGAUUUUUGUGUACAUGUAGCCAACCUUUGUAGAUUGAAGGAUAACUAAAUAAAACUUAUAUUAACCUUGA